AUGACAAAAGCAAAUCAUCUUGAAUAUCAUAUGGUGAAUUUCGAGAAGUACAGAUUAAAUGAAGCUGGUGCUGAGAUGAGCAAAGUGUAUGAUGCCUGCACACAAGCUCGCAAGGAUGAGCUAUGCUGUAUCAUCUAUAAUAACAAUGAAAAACGUUCUAACCAGCUGCCCGGUGGUCAGUUGGAUAACAUGCUUGCGCUCUGCCUGUGA